CAAUCUCUUCGCCAAGUUUGACUACGGACGAUCGUCUCCACCGAAGACGCCACACGAUGACGGCCGCCGUAGCCACAUGUCUGAUCUUUCCCUAGAAAGACAGCCUCGACGGUCGUCCGUCUCCGUCCGCAUGGAGGCGCCCGUGGAUGAUGACGACGUCACUGCGGCGCCCGUAGCCGAGGUGAUGAGCACGGACCAUGGCGGCCACGAGGAGUCGUCUCCACCGAAGACGCCACACGAUGACGGCUGCCGUAGCCACAUGUCUGAUCUUUCCCUAGAAAGACAGCCUCGACAGUCGUCCGUCUCGGUCCGCAUGGAGGCGCCCGUGGAUGACGACGACGUCACUGCGGCGCCCGUAGCCGAGGUGAUGAGCAUGGACCAUGGCGGCCACGAGGAGUCGCCGACGGUCCCGUGCCUCGCGUUCGCGUCCGAGCACGGGUACAGCAUCUUCUCCCUAGCCUACAUGCGCAUGCUCGACGGCGCCGAUGUGCGGCCAAUGCCUCCGGUGCCCGGCCGCCGUCUCAUGACAUCUCCGUACGGCGGGACGGUGCUGGCCACGGACGUGUGCUACAGGCACCCGUGCUACCUCGUCAACCCCUUCACCGGCUCGCGCGCGUCGCUGCCGGACCUGCCCAUCCCCUUCUCGGAGAAGGAGCCGAUCGAGUGCCGCAGCGACGAGCCACGCCCGCGCUGCGCGCGCGUCACUGACGAUGGGCUCGCGUGGGACUGGUCCCCGCGCGGCAUCUUGGUGGCCCGUGGCGACACGGCCUUCUUCUGUGAGCACGGCGGCGAGCGGUGGACGCCGGUGCACCAGUCGCAGCUCGGCUCGCCCAUGACCAUCAACUACCGCGGCGGGCUCUUCUUCGUCCUCGAGCUGCACACGCUGAAAACAACGGUCAUCGACGCAGGCACGCUGCAAGCCCGCGCGAAGAUCCCGGCGCCGCCGGUCUUGGGCGACGUCGACGACGCCUACCUAGCGCCAUCGCAAGACGACGCGAUCCUCCUGGUGCACCACGCUGGAGACAGCAAUGGCGUGAUCUUUACCAAUGCGUACCGCGCGCGGCUCAGGGGCAACCGGAGGACACCGAGGUGGAAGCCAGUGCUCGACAUCGGCGACCGCGCGGUGUUCAUCGACGGCGCGCACGGGUUCACAGUCACCGCCGACCCAGAGGGAGCGAAAGCGAACCGCGUGUACGUGAUUCUUGCCAAUCGGCUAACACACCCAUGUGGACGUCUGGCCGUCGUGUUUGACGUCGGCUUCUCCGACCUUAGGAGGCCAGAGCGCAUGGGGCGGCUAAAGCUAAACACCGGCGAGGUUGAGCCAAUGUGGGGCCAGCCGCACUGGAUCAUGCCUAGGGAUAGAUCGGAUCGUCGUCAAGGAUAUAUCAACUAGUACAGUUUAUUGUAGGUAGUUACAUUAGUUUACAUACUCUGGCUGUCAGGCACUAUUUCUACGUAAAGUUUUUUUUGGCAUUAGGGAAAUAUAUUACGGAUCUAUAAGAUAUUUUGAGUUUUAAAAGCUACUGAUAAAUCUACAUGUACGUUGCAAUGCGAAAUAAACUGUGUCUAUGUUUAAAU